AUGUCUAACGAAUAUCUGGCAACUCCCAAGCCAGCUCCUGAGCUCGCCAUACCACAAUCAGACAAGUUCGUCAAAGUAUCCAUCAUUGACAGUACAUCAUAUGUCGACUUGCCCAUUGAAAUGCUUGUGAAGCCUGAAUACAAGGGCCAAACCCGCUUGACCGGUCCUACCUUCUCCUUUCUCAUCGAACACGACUCUGGCAAGCGCCUCGUGUUCGACCUGGGAAUCCGUAAAGAUGUCGAUAACAUGCCACCAUCUCUUGUGAAUGACUUCAAAUCAAAGGGCUGGACUGUAAAAGCUGAGAAGAACACUGCAGAUAUCCUGCAGGAAGCAGGUUUCGAUAUCCAAGGUGGUGUUAUCGACGGUGUGAUUUAUUCUCACCAUCACUUUGACCAUGUUGGAGAUAUGACAACCUUCCCUUCAUCGACGCAGCUUAUCGUUGGACCUGGUUUCAAGGCUGCUCAUCUACCUGGGUACCCUAUCAACAAGGACUCUCCUAAUCUACAGAGCGACUUUGAGGGCCGUGAUGUGCGAGAGGUGGAUAUUAAGCGUGAAGGAGCUGGGCUGAAGAUUGGACGCUUCUAUGCUUACGACUAUUUUGGAGAUGGCUCAUUCUACCUUCUGGAUACGCCUGGCCAUACGGUUGGACACAUGUGUGGUUUGGCCCGCACUACUGCACCAUUGGACAAGGAAGCGACAUUUGUGAUGAUGGGUGCCGAUGCUUGCCAUCAUGCCGGAGAGUUCAGACCUUCCCAAUACCAGCCUCUUCCGACAGAAAUCUCGCCUUCGCCAAAGCCGCUACCUCAACCUGUUUGUCCUGGUCACCUCUUGCAGGAGGUACAUUGCAACAAGAGCGCAAACGAGCCUUACUACGAGGCCACAGAGGGCUUUUGCCAUAACCUCGAAACGAAUCACUGGACUGUAGAGGGCAUGCAGGAGUUUGAUGCUUCAGAUGACAUUCUCUUGAUCAUAGCGCAUGACGCAAGUUUGUUGGGAGCUCUUGACUUCUUCCCUGACUCGUUGAAUCACUGGCGAGAAAAGGAUCUGGAUGCAAAGACGAGAUGGAGAUUCCUUGGUGGCUUCAGUGAGGCAAUUGGUAAGCAGUAA